AGAUGGCAUUAGCAGCAUCAGUGAUAUAGCUGUGUCAGCCUCCUCGACUGCUGGAUGUCUGUAAUCGCACCGAGGAAACUGUAUUUAAGAUCUGAUAUCUUGAGGGUAAUGACUCCAGCACUUACUGAUGGACAGAAUGGCUGUUAAUGCUUUCUUCACUAGCCCAGAAGAUUUUGAAAGAUAGAUAGGUCUGUGAUAUAUUUUGAUAAGACAGGAAAUGCAAUUUUUGGGGGUCUCUGGAAAUAGAAAGGUCAUGCAGCUUGGAACCGGUGAGACAUUACAGUCCCUAAGUCAUCAGAGAAAUGAUGAAGAGGCUGUUGUGGAUAGAGGUGGAACUCGCUCCAUUCUCAAAACACAUUUUGAAAAGGAAGAUCUAGAAGGCCACCGAACGUUGUUCAUCGGGGUUCACGUGCCACUGGGUGGAAGAAAAAGUCACCGACGCCAUCGACACCGCGGGCACAAGCACAGAAAGAGAGACAGAGAGCGAGACUCGGGAUUAGAAGAUGGGAGAGAAUCUCCUCCUUUUGAUACUCCAUCACAAAGGGUGCAGUUUAUUCUUGGAACAGAAGAUGAUGAUGAAGAACACAUUCCUCAUGAUCUCUUUACUGAGCUUGAUGAAAUCUGUUGGCGUGAAGGAGAGGAUGCAGAGUGGAGGGAGACAGCAAGGUGGUUGAAGUUUGAAGAAGAUGUAGAGGAUGGUGGAGAGAGGUGGAGCAAACCCUAUGUUGCCACACUGUCACUUCAUAGCUUGUUUGAGCUGAGGAGCUGCAUCCUGAAUGGCACAGUUCUUUUGGACAUGAGAGCUAACUCCAUAGAAGAAAUUGCAGAUAUGAUUCUGGACCAGCAGGUGGGUUCUGGGCAGCUCAGUGAGGAUGUUCGUCACAGAGUGCACGAGGCAUUACUGAAACAGCAUCACCAUCAGAACCAGAAGAAGCUGAGCAACAGGAUCCCAAUUGUAAGAUCCUUUGCUGAUAUUGGAAAGAAGCAGUCUGAGCCCCAUUCCAUGGAUAAAAAUGCAGGUCAGGUUGUUUCCCCACAGGCUACUCCAGCCUGUAUUGAAAACAAAAAUGAUGUGAGCAGAGAAAACAGCACUGUUGACUUUAGCAAGGUUGACCUACACUUCAUGAAAAAGAUACCACCUGGAGCUGAAGCAUCAAACAUCUUAGUUGGUGAACUCGAGUUCCUGGACCGUGCCGUUGUGGCUUUUGUGAGGUUGUCUCCUGCAGUGCUGCUCACAGGGCUGGCUGAAGUUCCAAUUCCAACCAGAUUUUUAUUUAUUCUUCUUGGACCACUGGGUAAAGGCCAACAAUACCAUGAGAUUGGAAGAUCAAUUGCAACACUAAUGACAGAUGAGGUAUUCCAUGAUGUUGCUUACAAAGCAAAAGACCGCAAUGACUUGGUGUCUGGAAUUGAUGAGUUUCUUGAUCAGGUUACUGUUCUUCCUCCUGGAGAGUGGGACCCAACAAUUCGAAUAGAACCACCUAAGAAUGUCCCCUCUCAGGAGAAGCGUAAGAUCCCAGGAGUGCCAAAUGGAACUGCAGCCCACGGGGAAGCAGAACAUCCUGGGGGACACUCUGGACCAGAACUGCAACGCACUGGAAAAUUCUUUGGAGGAUUAAUUUUAGAUAUCAAAAGAAAAGCUCCCUUCUUCUGGAGUGACUUCAGGGAUGCUCUCAGUCUGCAGUGUCUGGCAUCAUUUUUGUUUCUCUACUGUGCUUGCAUGUCUCCUGUCAUCACGUUUGGUGGUCUGCUGGGAGAAGCAACUGAAGGUCGUAUAAGUGCAAUAGAAUCGCUGUUUGGAGCAUCCAUGACUGGAAUUGCCUACUCUCUUUUUGGUGGACAGCCUCUCACUAUACUUGGCAGCACGGGACCAGUUUUAGUGUUUGAGAAGAUCUUAUUCAAAUUUUGCAAAGAGUAUGGGUUGUCAUACCUUUCUCUGAGAGCCAGCAUUGGGCUGUGGACUGCAAUCCUGUGCAUCAUCCUUGUUGCCACUGAUGCAAGCUCCCUAGUCUGCUACAUUACCCGCUUUACUGAAGAAGCCUUUGCUUCUCUUAUCUGCAUCAUUUUCAUUUAUGAGGCCUUAGAGAAGCUGUUUCAUCUCAGUGAGACGUAUCCAAUCAACAUGCAUAAUAAUUUGGAGCUGCUGACAAAGUACUCAUGCAAUUGUGUGGAACCAGAACAUCCUAGCAAUAAAACCUUACAACACUGGCAGGACUACAAUAUAUCUGCUUCUGAUGUGCCAUGGGGGAACCUAACUGUGUCAGAAUGUAAGAAGUUUCAUGGUGAGUUUGUUGGACGAGCCUGUGGUCACCAUGGCCCUUAUGUUCCAGAUGUUCUCUUCUGGUCUGUCAUCUUGUUCUUUUCUACAGUGACACUCUCAUCCACACUGAAGCAGUUCAAAACCAGCCGAUACUUCCCAACAAAGGUACGCUCUGUUGUCAGCGAUUUUGCUGUCUUUCUCACUAUUUUGUCCAUGGUUUUAAUUGACUAUGCCAUUGGAAUUCCAUCACCAAAACUUCAGGUUCCAAAUGCUUUUAAGCCCACCAGAGAUGAUCGUGGCUGGUUUAUUACUCCUUUGGGGCCUAAUCCUUGGUGGACAGUGAUAGCUGCUGUAAUUCCAGCCCUGCUUUGUACUAUCCUUAUCUUUAUGGACCAGCAGAUCACAGCUGUCAUUAUCAAUAGAAAAGAACACAAACUAAAGAAAGGAUGUGGAUACCACCUCGACCUACUCAUGGUGGCAGUGAUGCUUGGUGUGUGCUCUAUUAUGGGAUUGCCGUGGUUUGUUGCAGCCACUGUCCUCUCUAUUUCCCACGUGAACAGCUUAAAACUGGAAUCAGAGUGCUCCGCUCCAGGGGAGCAGCCAAAAUUUCUUGGAAUCCGGGAGCAGAGAGUCACAGGGCUCAUGAUUUUUGUCCUUAUGGGCUCAUCUGUCUUUUUGACGAGUAUUCUAAAGUUUAUUCCUAUGCCAGUACUUUAUGGAGUGUUUCUUUACAUGGGUGCUUCAUCUCUAAAGGGAAUUCAGCUUUUUGACAGGAUAAAGUUAUUCUGGAUGCCUGCAAAGCACCAGCCAGAUUUUAUUUAUCUAAGGCAUGUUCCUCUUAGAAAAGUCCAUCUCUUCACUAUAAUUCAGCUGAGCUGUCUUGUGCUUCUCUGGAUUAUAAAGGUUUCAAGAGCUGCCAUUGUCUUUCCUAUGAUGGUCCUAGCUUUGGUAUUUGUCCGAAAACUCAUGGAUUUCUUUUUUACCAAGCGGGAGCUCAGUUGGUUAGAUGAUUUGAUGCCUGAGAGCAAGAAAAAGAAACUGGAAGAUGCUGAGAAAGAGGAAGAGCAAAGUAUGUUAGCAAUGGAAGAGGAAGGGACUGUUCAAUUACCACUAGAAGGACAUUACAGAGAUGACCCAUCUGUGAUAAACAUUUCUGAUGAAAUGGCAAAAACUGCUGUGUGGAAGACACUGUUGAUAUCCUCAGAGAAUGCAAAAGAUAAGGAGUCAAGCUUUCCUUCUAAAAGUGCUGAAAUCAGAAAAGAGAAGAAAGCUGACUCAGGGAAAGGUGUUGACCGGGAGACUUGUCUAUGACUUGCUCUUCAAGUAAUUUUUUUUACAAAAGAAUUAAAGGAGUGCCACAACCACUAAAUAUAAUGAUUUACCUUGUAACUUUUGUCUUUCAUCUCAAACUAGCACAGGUAAUGUAGUGCAAUACUUGUCUCAUUCCACCUUGUCUACCUUGUCUAGUAUCAAUGUAAAUGUCUGCAGUAGCCAAUGCAAAAAAAAUCUUUGUGUUUGUUGCUGAUCUUGGCCAUUUAUCAGUACUUGUAUCAGAAAUGUAAGAAGCAGAUUUUCUUUCAAAUUCAACUUUCCUGUUAAUAGGUUUGUACUGUAUUUUGCUACUUUUUCUGUGUGAGAAUAAUAACUUAAUAAUCUUGAUUCAAGAUGAACUUGAAAACCCUUGUUCUAAUUUUUUUUUUUAAAUCACCUAACUAGUAAAUUAUUUCAAGGAGACCCAAACUGACAAGCAAACAUUAAGAAGUUUAUAAAAUAACAACUGAUCUGACCCUGUGAAGAAACUAACAAGGAUAAUCCUUUCCUCCUUAAUCUGUCCUUUUGAAGUCAUGGAUUACUUCUGCAAUGUGAAUUGCAGGGUCAGAUUCUGUAUUUGUGAAGUUUUCCUUGAUUUAAUACAGUGUAUUUAAUAUUAAAAUUUGUAUGUAACUGGAACAUAGUCCUAUAUAUAUAUAAAUAUAUAUAUAUAUAAAAAAUUAUAUAUUAAAACAUUUUCUCACCUUCGCUAAAGAAAACCACCACAUCCUUUGAUGUGAAACAUGGGUACAGUAUUUCUUAAAAUGCCAUUUGUGAUUACAGUACCUUAUCUUGUAUCGUAUGAAUGUUGCCAUGGUAGGCCAAACAAAUGCAUUUUGUCAUUAAUCAAUCCAUUAUUUUAUAAUAGGGAAAAUUUUGUAGAUACAAACUAUACCCCACAUGCAGUUUUAUCACCUACCCAAUGAUCUUCCUCUUUAUUGCCUAAAAUUCAGCCACAUAAAGGGCGUAUUUAUAUUGUCUUCUCUCCACUAACAACUAUGAACCUCUUAGUUUCAGAGAUUGUGUAUAAUACUUAAAUGGGUAUCCUGCUGUUGUUUUGUUACAGCUCUUUAUUAUUCCAUCAAGUACAUAUUGAUUGAAAGAUAAAAACAACAUUGCAAACUAAAAUGUGGCUUUAGGGCUAUUACAUUUUUCGUAACGAAUUUUGUUACUGCCCUCAGAUACUUCAAGCUGCUCUUUUGUGUAAAAGACUGUGAGAAGAGAUAUUGAAUGAAUAGGGAGGUGGAGCUAAAGUUUUAUUGUGUUAUUUGGAAUUCACUGAUUUUUAAAUUUUUUAAGAUAAAUUUUUAAAUUAUUAAAAUGAAAGCUAACUCUCAGUAUUAUGCUGUAACUUUGAAUCCUACAAAUAAGAAUUGUAGUCUUGCAAUUUCCGUAAGAACUUGUCCAUAGGGCUGUAACAUUCCUCAGCUUUCCCAAAAACAUUAAUUUUCUAUACACCUUGUGAACAAGUUUUCCCAUUCAGUAUAUUUAAAGUAUUCCAAUGUUUUUGUGUAUGUGAGUGUGUAUGUUUUAAUACUUUAGCCAUAUAUAACUGCAUUUUGCUGCAAACUUAAUAGGGUCACUAUUCUAAAUUUACCUUAGCAUUAUAAAAGCCCAUUAAAAGCCAUUUUUAUGGAGAAAAAAAAAAUCUAAUGGACACAAAGAAGGAUUUACAUCUAAUUCAAUGUUUGUAUAUGUAAAUUUAGGAAAAAAAUGCUGAUGCAUUAAGGUUAAAUGCUUUGUUUUGUGUACUUGAUGAUAAAUUGUAAGAUUCCAAUUGUUUAAAGGUUAGUAUAGAAGCUCAAUACUGGUUUGUCCUGAAAGCAGCCUGAUGGUGUUUUAACAUGUUGCUGACUUUGUUACAGAUAAUGUAUACAAUCAAAAUGUAUUAGCUUCAUUUGACCAACUCUUAGAAUAUUAAGAAAUCAGUGUAUUCAAUGGCAUUCUGUAUUUCUGUUCAGUAUUUCAGAGUGGUUUUAUUUUAAAACACUCUGGUUUUGCGUGAAUUUAAGUGCUUUUCCAAUGUUAAUCUUAACAUUCUGAAAUCACACACAAUAUAAAGCAUAUGUAGUGCUAUAUUUACUUCUAAUUUCAUAUUCCUGGUCAAAAUUACUCAAUUUCUUGGAUGUAAUUUAUUACAGAAGUUUAUGUGUACAUGUGAAUAGACUAUUGUGUUUUUCACAAUUCAGAUAUGUUAUGUGAAAAUAAAUAUUUAUCCUAACUAAUUUUCAAUUUUAUUUUUAUACUGCAAAAACCCAGAAGAUGUUUGCACUAUCCUGUGGUAUUUGAAAUGUCUACCUGACCUGUAUGUGCUUCACAAAUUAAUGAGUAGUAGAGCCCAGCCCUUGAAAGGCUCCCCUUUUAAGUGGGAUCUCACUGAAACAUGCAAGGCUGUGAGUGUUGGCUCCCUGGGUGCAGCUGGAGGUGAUGUACCUGGUCUGACCUCAACAGUGAGUGUGAGCCUGGGGACAGCUCAGAGCUCACUGUUCCAGGAAGAGAAUGGCAAUGAAACUCCAAUUUACUGUUCAUGAGUUGGUCCCCCUUCCUCCUGAGAGAGAUAACAUGGAUCAAGCAGGAGUAGUUGGAUCUUUUUAGAGAUUAAUAGGUAAAGUUAUACAAUUUAAAAUGCUUCUCAGAACCCUAAAUUUCUGCUACUGAAAAGCUUUAAGGCCAUAAAUCACAGUACUAUAUAUUCAGGGAAGGGGAAGAUGUAUUGAGAGUACAGAAGAGUUCCCCAGUGAGAUGCUAGAAUCAAUUAAGGUAGGUUAGAUGCAAAGAAUUGCAUCUUAAUGAAAGACUUAGCCCAUAUAACUUCUAGUUUCACUUAUUUUUUAAAAUAUUUCUUUGAUUAUACUAAUUCUUGCACUUAUCUAAUGAGAGCCUGGUGAAAGUAGUUUUGUGGAUUACAGAAACAUUUUCUUUUGGUCUUUAUAACAGUGCUAGUGAUAACAUUAAAAUAAAUCUAACUAUUUACUCUUGCAAACACUAGCUAUAUCAUAAUGAUAAUAUAUAUACAUAUAUAUAUAUUUAUAACCUGCCUGUAUUGCUGGGAUCUACCUUAUACUGAUUCAGGUUUCUUUGCCUUGAGUCAAAAGAAUGAGAGAUGUUAUGAUACAGCCUCUGUAGAAUUUUUACAGUGGUGCCACAUUAGAGCCACUACUGACUUGAACCCAAGAUGGCAUUUGUAAAACUCAGUUCCAGUAUGUUUCAGAAAAAUCCCAACAAACAUAACAAUACCACCCAUCAAUCUUACUUUGUGAGUCAAGGAAUUGUUAGCUUGUGAAAACAAAAUCUGAUUUUCUAUUCAAGGCUU